AUGGUGGUUACAAUCAUUGCUAUAGUUGAAAAGGUCUCGGAUAAAUCCACUACUGAUGAGGAAAUUUAUGUGGAGAAACCUUUAAUGUCAUACAGUUUUGAUCUGGGAAUUAAUUCAUAUAAAUCAAUAGAGAAAAUUUAUACAGAGAAAUCUUUAAUGCCAUAUAGUUUUGAUCUGGGAAUUGAUACCAUUAAUAAUAAUUCAUACAAGUCAACAGAAAAAAUUAAUGAUAGUUUUGAUCUGGGAAUUAAUGCCAUUAAUAAUAAUUCAUACAAGUCAACAGAAAAAAUUCCUUAUAGUUUUGAUCUGGGAAUUGAUACCAUUAAUAAUAAUUCAUACAAGUCAACAGAAAAAAUUAAUGAUAGUUUUGAUCUGGGAAUUAAUGCCAUUAAUAAUAAUUCAUACAAGUCAACAGAAAAAAUUCCUUAUAGUUUUGAUCUGGGAAUUGAUACCAUUAAUAAUAAUUCAUACAAGUCAACAGAAAAAAUUCCUUAUAGUUUUGAUCUGGGAAUUAAUACCGUUAAUAAUAAUUCAUACAAGUCAACAGAAAAAAUUCCUUAUAGUUUUGAUCUGAUGGGAGUUGGUAACAAUUCAACAAUAACAACGCCAAGGCAAAAGAAAUGUGAUAAAUUUAGCUUAAAACCUUUACCACCCAUCAUUAAGAAUCUUGGAAAUGAAAGCAAUCUAAAAGAAAUAUCCAGUUCUUUAGGAGGCCCUAUUCACAAUUUAAUUACUGCAAUUACUAUUUUUAAAAACAACCCUCAAAUGAAUGAAAUCACUAAAAGAUUUUUAGAGGAUGGUUAUGAUGAUUUAGAGGAAUCUUUGAAACCUUGGAUUCUUGACUUGUAA